CCAAUAGUAAGAUAGAAGUUACCUCUCUCUUUCCAAAUCCCAACUAUCUCUCCCUUCAAUCUCCGACGAGGCAGGACCAACGACCAAUCCCGACAUUGUUUGACUCCUUAACCCCCAGAUUCAUUCACCAGCUUUGAUUUCUUUCGUUCUCUCUCUUUCGUCUUCUUGGAUCUCGCAUUAUCUGCAAGUUCAUCUCCUUCGAUUUCUAUAUCAGAUCUGGGGGAAUGGAAAGCAGUUACUCUGCCAUCUCCAAAAACUCUUACCUCGAGUUACAGAAACAGACUCACAAUGCGAAACCCACAUCCAAGUUACUUCCUUCCGAUGACGAAACCUUCGUCCACGAUGAAGAAAGCUUCGUCGAUGAUCUAGACUUGGAUGUCUCUAAUUACCCCCUCGUCAAUGGAUCCAAAUCGAGUCAAGGUGGAUCUGGGAUCUACGGCGCCGUUUUCAACCUCACCACAUCCAUCAUCGGCGCCGGGAUCAUGGCAUUGCCGGCGACCAUGAAAGUCCUCGGCUUGGUUCUAGGCUUCGUUUUAAUCAUCCUCAUGGGAAUUUUAUCCGAGAUCAGCGUCGAGCUUCUGGUUCGAUUCUCAGUUCUCUACAAGUCCAGAUCCUACGGCGAGGUAGUCCAAUCCGCUUUAGGGAAAACCGCUAGGGUUUUGUCUGAGAUUUGCAUCAUCGUCAACAACGGUGGCGUUCUCGUUGUCUACCUCAUCAUAAUGGGUGACGUCAUCUCCGGUUCUCUCCACCACGUCGGUGUUUUGGAUCAGUGGUUAGGUAACGGGUUCUGGGACCACCGUAAAGUUUUGAUCUUGAUUGUUAUGGUCGUCUUCUUGGCUCCUCUCUGUGCGUUGAACAAAAUCGAUUCCUUGAGCGUGACUUCAGCUGCUUCCGUUGCUCUUGCUGUUGUGUUCGUUGUUGUCUGUUUCGCUGUCGCGGCGAUUAAGCUUGUAGAAGGAACUAUUGAUACUCCGAGGAUGAGUCCUGAUUUUGGUUCCAAGAAGGCGAUCUUGGAUCUUCUCGUGGUGAUUCCGAUCAUGUCAAACGCUUACGUUUGUCAUUUCAAUGUGCAGCCGAUCUAUAACGAGCUUGAAGGUAGAUCGCCUCAUAAGAUGAACAGCGUUGGGAGAAUCACUACAGCUAUUUGUGUUGUUGUCUAUGCUUCAACCGCUGUAUCCGGUUAUCUUCUCUUUGGUCAGGACACUGAAUCAGAUAUCUUGACCAACUUUGAUCAAGAUCUAGGCAUCCGUUUCAGCUCUGCGGUUAACUACAUUGUCAGGAUAGGAUACAUUCUUCAUCUAGUCCUCGUCUUCCCCGUGGUCCAUUUUUCAUUGAGAGAAACCGUCAACACUUUACUGUUUGAAGGAUCUCCUCCUCUAUCGGAAACCAAGAAGAAAUCUUUGGCGCUCACAGCUGUCUUGCUGGCUCUUAUAUACGUCGGCUCGACCAUGAUCCCGAAUAUAUGGACUGCAUUCAAAUUCACUGGGGCAACAUCAGCGGUUUCACUUGGUUUCACGUUCCCUGCUUUGAUCGCAUUGCGGUUAGGGAAACAGAGCAAUGCUUUAAGCCUGGUGGAGAGAUCUGUGUCGUGGUUGAUGCUGAUCUUGGCGGUGGUGGUUAGUGUUGUGGGAACCCUUGGCAACAUUUACAGUCUCAGAAGCAAAUCAGAUUGAUAGAUUACACCAAUCAGAGAUUCAGUUUUAUGACUGCUACAUGCACCUUUAGAGGAUCUUGAUCAAUGGCUUCUCUGUUCAGGCUAAGCCUAAAGAUUCCCCGGUUUGUGAAUUGGUUUAAUCAUUACCCGUCGCUUCUAUGUAUACAGACCAGAUUCUUGUAAUAUUAUUAUUAUUAUUUAUAUACGCAAUUUUGCUGACAUUAUUGAUAAAUAUCUCUUUCAGAAUAAAAUGAGUCUUGAGAGGUUCAAAA